AUGCGCGCUGCGCGUCUCCUUGGCGCGGCGCGGAGGGCGAGCCCAGGCCUCAAGGAGAGGGACCGGGAUCGGGAUCGGGAUCGGGACACGGAAGCGCUGCGGGAGCGGGAAUCGGCGCUCCUGCCGCCGCCGCCAUGCUCCUGUGCGCUGCCCUGCGCGCCGCGGCCGCUCGCUCGGCAAGACAGAUCCGAUACUUGCAUGGAACAGCAGAGCGCAAUGCCACUGGAGCCUUAUUUGUGCAUAGAGAUAGUCCUGAAAACAAUCCAGAUACUCCAUUUGAGUUCACACCUGAAAAUCUAAAGCGAAUAGAAGCAAUCAUAAACAACUACCCAGAGGGACACAAAUCUGCAGCUGUCAUGGCAGUACUGGAUUUGGCCCAAAGACAGCAUGGAUGGCUGCCCAUAUCAGCCAUGAACAAGGUUGCUGAAGUUUUAGAAAUGCCUCCCAUGAGAGUCUAUGAAGUAGCAACCUUCUACACCAUGUACAAUCGCAAACCUGUUGGGAAAUACCACAUUCAGGUCUGCACCACCACGCCAUGCAUGCUGCGAGACUCUGACAGCAUUUUAGAAGCCAUUAAGAAGAAACUUGGUAUUAAAGUUGGAGAAACAACACCGGAUAAGCUCUUCACGCUGAUAGAAGUGGAAUGUUUAGGUGCUUGUGUAAAUGCACCAAUGGUACAAAUAAAUGACAAUUACUAUGAAGAUUUGACACCCAAAGAUAUUGAAGACAUAAUUGAUGAGCUAAAGGCUGGCAAAGUUCCCAAACCAGGCCCAAGGAGUGGACGUUUUUCUUGUGAGCCAGCUGGUGGCCUUACUUCCCUGACUGAACCACCCAAAGGACCAGGUUUUGGAGUUCGAGAUGAUCUCUAAGGAUUUUUGUAAUAGAAGAUGAACUGUCUGAAAAGAAUAAAGUAUCUUAAAUCUUAGUAAAAUGA